CCCUGGAGGAAUAUCCACGAAGUUGAAGAAGUCGAUGUGAGAAGCGUGCCUGUGUGUCUGUGUGUAUGUGUGUGUGCAGAACAUCGCCAGUAAUUAAAGGAGGAUUGAGUCCCUGUACGGACCACAGUUGUUGAUACACCGUGAUCUACAGCAGAUCAACUUCGAAGCCUCCAGGAAGGACCGCCCGCCAUUAUCUUCCUUAGGACAACAACGCUGGAACCCGCCAUGUUUACAGCAAGGGUAUGGUUGAUCAUUGUAACGUGUCUUCUAGUCAACCACCUUGGAAAUGCCUGUCUAGCAGCGGGUCUGUCCCUGAACGGCCUAGAGCAUCACAGGAACUUCGAACACAGGGGGCGCCACCGCCAUGGCACGCAGACCGCGGACGACUCGCCAUCAGAACCCACAACAACCGCAUCCGAAGUAGAGGACAUCGGACAGAACAUUGAAAAUGCCUGCUGCAUAAGACAGGAGAAAUACAUCUCAAUCGGGUUAGGAGCGUCGGAUGAAGACAUCCAGCUUGACGUUGGCAACUGUCAGAGGAGCUGCAGAAGCCUGUUCUGGCCUAUUGAUCUAGAAUUUGCCGAUCUCGAGAGCUCUUUCUUUAAGUCAGUGCCAUCUGUCAUGCUGAUGUGA